UCCAGCAGACUCUCCAGUCCCAUUUGAACUCUCCACCUGUGCCGGAGCUUAAGUGAUCGUGAAGUGUGUGCCAAAAAGUGAUUUAGACAUUCCAAAAUAUUUUGCCUUUCCUUGGAACAAGCAUUUUGCAAGACUUGUCCAAAUGGCUUCUCCACUAAGAAGUUGAUAUGAUGCAAUAUCAGUGAAAAGAGAAAUAAGAAAAAGUUGUUUUAGUGUGAUCAAUCAGGUGAAAAUUGGACAAGAUAUUUUGUGCUACGAUGACACAAACUUACGAUGUUACAAGUCAACAGAAGCAGAUCAAAAGCCCACCGAAUGAAGUGGACAGCAGCAAUGAUAAGCUGGUUGAGGAUGGCCUGACAUGGAAGUUUUGGCAGAAGAGGCGUUAUAUCGUGGUCAUGAUGGCCUUUUUCGGUUUCUUCAAUGUCUAUGCUCUGAGAGUGAAUCUCAGUGUGGCUAUUGUGGCCAUGACCCAGAAGAUCAAUGUGACUCUGGAAAAUGGAACAGUAGUCCAGGAGCAACUCUUUGAUUGGGAUACCACGCAACAGGGACUGGUGCUAAGUUCCUUCUUCUACGGAUACAUCUGGACUCAGUUUAUCGGAGGAGUUCUGGCUUCCAAGAUUGGUGGGCAUUAUGUAUUUGGAGCCGGAAUUGGCAUAACUGCAAUCCUCACUCUUCUGACUCCAAUUGCUGCUAAUCACAGUGUUUACAUGCUCCUGGCGGUCAGGAUUGUUGAGGGUGUCUUCGAGGGAGUCACCUUUCCCUGCAUCCAUGCUGUCUGGGCUCGAUGGGCUCCAGUCUACGAGAGAUCCCGGAUGGCUACAAUAGCCUAUGCUGGAAAUUAUGCAGGAACGGUUAUUGCUAUGCCCCUGUCUGGUGUUCUGGCUGUGAGAUUUGGAUGGGAGAGUGUCUUUUACGUAUUUGGUGCCAUAGGAUGUAUCUGGCUAGUAGCCUGGUUCCUGAUUGUCCGUGCUGGACCUGAGUGUGAUCCCUUCAUAAGUGUUCAGGAGCGUCAGUACAUUGAAAACAGUAUUGGUGAUCCCAAUGAGAAGAAAAACAUCAAGCAUCCCUGGAAGGCCAUCUUCACCUCUACAGCUGUCUGGGCAAUUGUAGCGUCGAAUUUUGCUGAGAACUGGGGAUUCUACACACUUCUCACGCAGCUUCCGACAUUCUUGAAAGACACUCUGCACUUUGAAGUGGGAAAGACUGGCUUCGUCUCAGCUAUUCCCUAUCUUGUGAUGGGCAGUCUCCUGGGUAUCUCUGGCUAUCUUGCUGAUUGGAGUCAGGUCAAGGGAUACCUCACUACAUCCCAAGUCCGGAAAUACUUCAAUUGUGGAGCUUUUCUUGGGCAAACCGUCUUCAUGAUGUUGGCAGCUUAUCUGCUGGAUCCCACCGGAACUGUGGCCAGUAUUACAGUAGCUGUAGGCUUGGGAGCUUUCGCCUGGUCAGGAUUUAUAGUUAACCCCCUGGACUUGGCUCCCAAUCAUGCUUCCGUUAUCCUGGGAUUUUCCAAUAUGAUUGGAACGAUUCCUGGUAUCGUUAGUCCCCUCUUGACUGGCUACAUCACGAGCGAAAGGACCAAGGAGCAAUGGCAGAUUGUUUUCUACAUCACAUCAGGAAUUUACUGCUUUGGAUGUGUUAUCUAUUGGUUCUUUUCAUCCGGAGAACUCCAGCCAUGGGCUAAUGCCCACGAAAAACCUCUGGAGAAUCUUGAGAAUCCCACCACGAAGAAUCCAACGAUGAACGGAAUUAAGAAUGAAGCCAUGGAGAUGGAUGAGUGAUUUUAUCACUUAUUUCUCCCAAUUUUUAGUGAUAUUAAGCUUGGCAAUAAUUUAUUGAAUGUAAGAAACUUGUAAUUAAAAUAAAGCAUUAAAGAAAAACUCUGACAAAAAUCUAAAACAAAUAAUUCCUAAAC